AUGUCAACUGUUACUUGGAAGCAACUCAAACCAGUCCUAUUAGAUUCACUGGUUUGGACAACUAAUACCAAUACAAAUGAAUCCAUUGUGUUUAAUAAGCCGUUACCUACAGAAUCCAUUGAAGCCUUUGUGUUUAGUCAACCCUGGGAUCUACCUUCAACUUCGUCAACUGUCGAAUCUGACAAGGUUAUUGACGACCUAAAGACUCAUUUCAAGUCUUUACAACUUGUACAGCAAACUGCCAUAACUUCAAACCCAUCCAUAAAUAUGAUUCAUACUUGCUCCCUUCACAGGUUUAUUUCUUGUUUGAAUAUGUUGCUGCCAGCACUGGAUCCAUUGCGGGUAUUUGCAGACUAUUUCGAGCCACUGUUGUGGCCAGUUCUUACUCAUCGCAUUGCAUCCACAAGUGAUCAAAACCAGACUUGUCAAAAACUGCUGAUUGCUUUGCUCAGGACAGACUUUCAGGCUGGAUUGGAUGUGAAUGGUGUAUAUGCUGACAGAUUCAAAUCUGCCGCUCGUACAGUAUUGGACAAGUGUGUAGCCGAAUCAGAUUUCUGGCAUUUGGAAUCAAAUCCAACCGAGGUGAAUGCAUCGCAGUCUCGAGAGAUUGCACUCGCCGAUUCCUUGAGUAGUAACAUUGAAGAAAAUACUACCGUAAAUCUGUCAUUGACAUCUCAGAUUGAUCCAAAGCAGACAUUAACCGAUUUGGAUCAAGCUGUCAAACCAUUUCGCUCACAGGUGCUUCCUGCACUGUAUCAUGUUUUGUUCUCAUUUGGUAUGAGCAAACCAUUGGUGUUUUAUAGUCUGUUGAAUGAAAUGGCAAUAGAUCCUGUAACUCGACUCAGAUCAUUCAUGCUCCUGAAAGCGUUUUUGAUUUGGGAGGAUGCUCCAACAUACUAUUUGAUUGACUCGGUUUUGUUUGAAAGUGUUGUGCACUCUGCUACGAUUGACAGUGAUGUGGCGACAUUUACAGCUGCACUCACUAUUCUUACUAUUCUGUUGCCAAUCGUGUCAUCAAAGGCAGUUGCUCGCUUUGAGCGACUGAUGAAUUCAUUUUUAAGAGCAUUGCAUUGGGAACUGACAUAUCCACAGAUUAUGAAAAUAAGCUCUCAAGUACCUGAACUCCAAGAUGCUCAUGAUAAACAUUUGCUCCAGUUUUCGAUAUGUGCAACACGAAGAUGUAUUGAUAAUUAUUUUACGGUGCUUUAUGGAAUGUUUCCUGCAAAUGUAAUUGCGCAACUUCAGCGGAUAUUAAGCUCGGGCAUAUCUGAACUUGCGCCAAUACUACAACAGUCUGAACAAUUUUCUGUAAAAUUCAUGCCAGUAAAAGAUGUGUUUGUCAAGGUUCGGGAAAUGGCGUAUGAGGCGAUUGAAGUAGAGGAAGAAGACUUGUUUCAACGGCGAGUAAGAGAUUUAGUGAGAGAACAUCGCAUACACCCCAGUAUUGUCACAGCAACUAUUGCAACCGAACUGAGCAAUCCGUGGUUCACUACCAAAGAAGCGUCGGAAAUCAUGGUGGAGUGUAUGAGUCUUCGAAUAGAUACUUUGGGCUGCUUCAAUGCUCAUACUGUACCAACAACUGUAAAAUUUCAAACGGAAGCGUUGGAGUCGAGUUUUAAAGCGUGCUUGAAUCAAGUUGCACUAAUCGAUGAGGCAUUGCACGGUCAUAUUUCUCAAUUUCAAGGCAUGAUUCUGAAUGAAUCGAGUAGUGUUUUACGUGAGCAUGAUUGUGAUCUUGUAGCAUCACCCAUGCUGCUGCUACGGAUAUACUACUAUGUGUUGAUGAAUGAGUCUUUUUUCAAGGAGUGCAUGCGGCAGUAUCAUAUGAUGCAUAUUCGGCGGUUACACAAAAAUGCAUUUGAAGCUGGACUUCGAGAUGCGAGUAUCCAAAAUUUGCAUCUGAGGUUCAAGCAACAAUCGAGCGAGCUUGCCGAGCAGCGACAGCUUGUUGACAGACUACGACAAGAAAGUAUUCAUUUGCGUGAACGACACAAAGGGCAUGAUGAAGAAGACACCAAACGACUCAAGGAGAUGCGGAAUGAGAUUCAAUCUCUUAGAUCAAGUGUACAGAAUUUAACAGGAAAGUUGGAGAGCACGGCCAAGGACAAUGUGGAAUUAAAAUCGCGACUGGCCGACUCGGAGCGAUUGUUGUCGCAAUCAGAGUCCAAAUUGGUACUGGCUGAAAGAGACUCGACUCGGUUGAAGGAGUGUGAGAUUGUGCUGUCAGAUCUUCAAACUAAGCUCAUUGCCAAAAACAAUACGAGUACUCAAGUCGUUGAAUCAGAGAGGCAUUCCGGAUUGGACAAAGUACAGUUGACUAGAGACAUGUCUAUAAAUGAUCAAGUAACUACUCUUACCAUGCGAAUCGAGACACUCCAAAUGAUUCUUGAUGCUACAGAGCGUGAGCGAGACAGAUUUAUUUUUGAGCAACAAGAACUGGCAUUUUUAAAAGGGCAGCUAGAGUUUAAGAAUCAAGAGCUCGUGCGAUUUGAAGGACAAGUCAAGGAACAGUCUGGUCACAUGCAGUUAUUAAAACAGCAAUUUCAAAAAAAGAUUGAAGCACAAGAUGCCAAAUAUGCAAGUUUGAGGAAACUGCAUCUUCUUUUACAGGUAAAUCUAUAGUGCAAUAAGGAAUGACAUGUUUCAGUGUCAUUUGAAUCUGAUUUUAUUUUUACAUACUGUUUUGAUUGUAAACUCUGAAUUUAGUCUAGGAUUGUAGAUAUGACGUCCAAGAUGCAAGCAGUGAAUACAUCUACAUCAUGAACGGCAGCAAUCAUCUGGGCAUCCAUCCAGGUGGCUACGAGUGGAAUUUGACCACAUUAAUAAAGUACAGAUUUUUUGAAUA